AUGUUCAGCAAGAGUUUCGCCUUCGCUUUUCUGCCUGCCCUCACGGCCGCUACGAGCUUCGACUACAAUGCUCUCAGCCUGCGGACCGUUGGUGGUCGCAACACUCUGGAAUGGCGCGUCUGGCUCGAACAAAACGGCUCCCCAAUCUCCUUCUGGCACGACGUCCCCCUCUACCCGAACGAAACCAACAAACAAAUAAUCAACUUCGUCGUCGAGAUCCCGCGCUGGACAGACGGCAAGAUCGAAAUCAAGCGCGACGAGCCCCUGAACCCGAUCUUCCACGACGACCGCGACGGCCUCCCGCGGUACGUCGAGUCCGUCUGGCCGCACAAGGCCUACCCGUUUUUGUACGGGUCCAUCCCGCAGACGUGGGAGAGCCCGAACUUUGAGCAUGAUUUCACGAACGAGCCCGGUGACAAUGAUCCCAUGGAUCUGUUUGAUAUUGGGCAGGAUGGAGGGUAUACGGGGCAGGUGAAGCAGGUUAAGAUCCUCGGUGCGCUGGCGCCGAAUGAUGGUGGGGAGACGGAUUGGAAGGUUUUAGGGAUUGAUGUUAAUGAUCCCAUUGCAGAGUUUGUCAACAACUUCUCCGACGUCGAAAAAUACCGCCCGGGUCUGAUCCAAUCCUACCGUGACUGGUUCACCUACUACAAGGUCGCGCGCGGCGACGACGUGAUUCCCAUCGUCGGCGACAGCUAUGUAAACUCGACCUUUGCAACCGCCGUCGUCGAGCAGAGCCACGGGUAUUGGCUGGACCUGAUCAAGGGCGAAGUCGACAGCAACGAGAUCAACUACAACCAUACCUCGCGGCCGGAUAUCAAGGGGAGCUAUGUGUCGAAAUGCAAGGCGACGGAUUUUGGGAUCCCGAGCGAGUCGGAUGAGAAGCCUGCGGCGGAGAAGCUAAAGAGGUUUGAGCAGUGGUUUUAUCUUGAUGAGGAUUUUCAGUUGAUUGAAGAGAAUGUUGUUGGUGGGGUUGAGGAGGAGGAGUAG